UACAUCCAGAGAGCAAAGUGGGAUGAUCUGUCACUACACCUGCAGCACCACGUUCGGAGGACAGCUCCUGCUCGCAGCUUCUAGACCCAGGAAGCCUGAGGGGAAGAAAGGAAGUACGGGCAAAAUCAUCAGAUUGGCUUCCCAGAUUGGGGAAUCUGAAGCGGGCCCACAUCUUCCGGCCAACUUCCAUUGAACUUCCCAGUACUCGAAAGGGACGGAAAUGGAGAGCAAAGAACCCCAGCUGAAAGGAAUUGUGACAAGGUUAUUCAGCCAGCAGGGAUAUUUCCUGCAGAUGCACCCAGAUGGUACCAUUGACGGGACCAAGGACGAAAACAGCGACUACACCCUCUUCAAUCUAAUUCCAGUGGGCCUGCGUGUGGUGGCCAUCCAGGGGGUGAAGGCCAGCCUCUAUGUGGCCAUGAAUGGUGAAGGCUAUCUCUAUAGCUCAGAUGUUUUCACUCCAGAAUGCAAAUUUAAGGAAUCUGUGUUUGAAAAUUACUAUGUGAUCUAUUCUUCCACACUGUACCGUCAGCAAGAAUCAGGCCGAGCAUGGUUUCUGGGACUCAAUAAAGAAGGUCAAAUUAUGAAGGGCAACAGAGUGAAGAAAACCAAGCCCUCAUCACAUUUUGUACCAAAACCUAUUGAAGUGUGUAUGUACAGAGAGCCAUCACUACAUGAAAUUGGAGAAAAACAAGGGCGCUCGAGGAAAAGUUCUGGAACACCAACCAUGAAUGGAGGCAAAGUUGUGAAUCAAGAUUCAACAUAGCUGAGAACUCUUCCCUGCAUCCCUCUCUCAUCCUUUCCCUUUCUCCCCCUGCCCUUUACCCAUUUCCUUCCAAUAAAUCCACCCGAGGAGAGGAAAAUAAAAUGGCAACCCAGGACCUAGUGGCUAAGAUUCUGCACUCAAAAUUUUCCUUUGUGUAGGACAAGCAAAUUGAACCAAAGCUUGCCUGUUGCAAAGUGGUAGAAAAUGCACAUGCAUAAAGAUUAGCAUACAUAAAAGCAGAGGAAAAAAAUAAAUCAAGACUCCAUAAGCAUUAACAUAAACUCUGUUGUUAUUAAUAGAGGGCUAAUUGUAAUGAAGAUAUAACUAUAAUAAAGAUGAAAUAAAGUUACCUUAAAGAAAAGGGUUUUGGAGUAUCGACCUUACAAAUCAAUGUAAUACCCUAAAUAGCUUAAACUCUGGAUAAAUCUGUGAUGUGUGCUUUGUUUUGAAUUUGUAUUUUGGGGGCAUCUGAAAGUGACACAUAAUUACAUUCUCUUUCCAGGAUUUUUUUUUUACCAUGAUACUGAACGUGUAUGAAUUAUAGAUUCUUUUAAUGCCUGUAAGGUAUAUAUAUAACCAGGAAUUAUUUAACAUCAAGAAAAGCUUAAAAUUUUAUUCCUGAAAUUGAUAUUUAAGACUGUUUUAUGCAAAAGAUAGCCUCAAGUUGAAUUUAAUUCUAUUAGCUGAUUUCCUUCCUUCCUAAAAAGAGUUUCAGAUUCUCCUAGGAGAAUAUCACAUUUUUUUCAAAAGUAUUAAUUCAGGAUCUCAUUUUUUUUUUCUUUAGCCAUUUAGGGAAAAAAAAAAUUCUUGUUCUAUGGCUAAAGUAACUUUUAGGAAUCCUUCAUCAUUGCCAUGCCUGGGCAGUGAUAAAUAAGUUAUGUGCUCUUACUAUUUCAUCUGAUUUUUUUACUUUGUGGACACCUUUGAGAGAAUAGGUGCAUAUCUAGGUGUCUUAGAGAGUUUUAUACCAUCUCUUGCAGCAGGAAAUAAGGAAGAAGUGUUUUACAUAAGGAAAUAAGUCCUAAGAAAUUGGU